AUGGAGGCACUUGGGAAUUUGGCAUUAGACAGAGGAAGGAGGUAUGUCAAUUUGGAUGAUAAUCUAAGGUCGCUCGAAACCAAGUUGCGAAGAUUAGUCGGCAGAAAAUCUGACCUCGGGUCGCAAGUGACAGAUGCAGAAAGAUCAGGUACUAAGAAAAGGAAAAGGGAGGUUGAGAUUUGGUUUGAGGAGGUAGCAACAGUAGAAAACGAAUUUGGUGCACUGAAAAAGAGUGUACAAGAGGGUGGAUUCCUAGAAAAUGCAAUUAGCAGUGGGGAUAGAGUGGCGAAAAUGGAUGCAACUGUAGAAGACCUUAUCGAGCAAAGUAAUCAUUUUGAUGGGCUUUUGCUUGAUGCUUUUGAGAACAGAGGUGAGCCACGAGUGACAACAAAAUUAUUUGGAGAAAAGUUUGACAGAGGUUUGAAAGCAAUCUGGUCAUGGUUGGUCAUUGAUAGCAUCUCAAGCAUUGGGAUUUACGGGAUGGGCGGUGUGGGUAAGACUACAUUGGCGAAACACAUCCAUAAUCAUCUCCUUCAUAAAACUCAAUUCAAGGUUUAUUGGAUCACUGUCUCUCAAGAAUUUAGCAUCAGAAGGCUGCAAGAUGACAUUGCUAAACGCCUUAGGCUUGAUCUGUCACAUGAGGAUGAUGAGGAUAGCAGGGCAGCCAUUUUGUCCAGGGCAUUGGUGAAGCACUCUGUCCUCAUACUCGAUGAUGUUUGGCAAGAAUUUUCUUUUGAAAAGAUUGGAAUUCCUCUUGGUGCAAACAAAUGCAGAGUGAUCUUGACUACUCGAUCACGGGUAUUAUGCAACAGGAUUAGCUGUCAAAGGGUAUUUGAAGCUAAAACUUUGGCUACAAAUGAAGCUUCAGAUUUGUUCAAACAUACACUCGACCCUAAGACAGUGCUUCGUGGAGAUGUGGAAGGUAUUGCCAAGUUCAUUGUGAAAGAGUGUGAUGGUUUGCCUCUUGGUAUUAUCACAGUGGCUGGAAGCUUGAGAGGUGUGAGCGACAUCUGUGAGUGGAGAAAUGCAUUGGAACAAUUGAAAGCAUGUUCGGUAGGGCAUGAUGAGAUGGAACGAGAUGUGUUUCCCAUUCUGGAAUGGAGUUUCAAUCGCCUGGAUAAAUAUGAAAGGAAUUGCUUCUUGUAUUGCUGUCUUUAUCGGGAAGAUUAUAAGAUAAAAAGAGAGGAAUUAAUAGACCUCUUUAUUUGGGCAGAGCUGAUGUCAAAACGGGACUCAAGACCAAAAGCAUUUGAUCAAGGUCAAACGAUAUUAAACAAACUGAUAAAAGUUUGCUUGCUGGAAGAAACUAAAGAUUUCGAUGGGGAUGACUGUGUGAAGAUGCAUGAUUUGGUCAGAGAUAUGGCAUUAAGGAUCACGCAUGGAAACUCCAAACCAGAGAGCAGCAGAGAUGAUGUACCACGAUUCUUGGUGAAAAGCUUAGGACAGAAAGCAACGCUGGAACAAGAAGAGUGGACACAAGAUCUCCGUGCAGUUUCCUUCUAUGCACAACGUUUUGUUAGCAUAAUAGAAAUUCCACCAGCCUGGUCACCAAAUUGUCCUAAGCUCUCAACCUUGCUUCUUCCUCGUUUUUCCAUAAAAAGAAUUCCGGAUUCAUUCUUUCAGCACAUGUGUGGACUUAAAGUUUUGAAUCUAGAAGGGUGCAGAGAUAUAACAGAGUUGCCUAAUUGUGUUUCAGACAUGGUGAAUCUCACUGCUUUGAUUUUAAGGGAUUGUAGAGGUCUCCGAUUUGUGCCGCCACUUGGAAAGCUCAAGCAAUUGAGGGAAUUGGACCUAUCCGGAAAUGAGAUUAAGGAUUUACCUGAAGGCUGUGAGUCACUGGUCAACCUCGAAAGGUUUAACUUGAAGGAUUGUACAUACCUCCGAUUCGUGCCACCACUGGGAAAGCUCAAGCAAUUGAGGGAAGUGAACCUAUCGGGGACUGGAAUUCAGGAUUUACCUCAAGGUUGGGAGUCACUGGUCAACCUCGAAAGGUUUAACUUGGAUAAGUGUCUAAUUGUAAGUCGAAAGAUAAUACCAAAAGGGACAUUUUCCCAAUUUCACCGUCUUCAACUGUUAUUAUUGCCAUCCUAUGGUAGGGUACAAGUUAAUGAUCCAGAAGUGUUGAACCAGUUAGAAAGUUUUGAAGGAUGUUUGUCUUUUACGGACUUCUAUAAAAUUACUCGGUGGCCAAAAUACUAUAAUAAUGUUUAUAUCAAUGACAUCGUGACCAAGAAUCCGAGUUUUGUUAAUGAAGUGCGGGAGAAACAACUGCAUUUCCAUCAGUGUAAGCUUGGUAGAGGAUCGAACUAUCUGCCAGAUGAUAUGAAACGUCUGAUAAUCGAGGAUUGUGAGGGCAUGGGCAUUAGGUGCUUGUCAGACGUUUUUAAGAAUUUUAUAAAUUUAAGCCACUUAUCUAGAUUGGAUAUUAAGGAUUUGGUUGGAAUAGAGUUCCUCUGGCAAUUGUCCUCUACUUCUCCACAUGAUCAGUUGGAAGUUUCGUCUUUCAGUCCACUCCGUGGUCUCGAAGAGCUCCGCCUCUGGAGCUUGCCAAAUCUGGUUGGCCUUUUUUACGGAGAAUCAGAACCAUAUUUGCUUCCAGCUGGCACCUUUUCUUCCCUUAGAGAAUUGUGGAUUUCUAGAUGUCACAACAUGAAGCAGCUAUUCACAGUGCAGUUGCUGCAGAGCCUUCAAAAUCUUGAAGAA